AUGGAGAAUAAAACCGACAAUUCCUCGGCCGGGACCAAGCGCUCCUGGGAAGGCUUACCCCUCCACAACGACGGCAAGUCACAGCGGUUUCCAUCAACGACAAUGGUAGAAUCAGCCUCUUUCGACGUCCUCUCAAUGUUCGAGGGCUUCCGCGACGAGCUAGAUCAACACCACGACCGUCGUGAGCGGCUGAUCAAGAUAAGUCGUGAUAUUACAGCACUUAGCAAAAAAAUGCAAACACUGCAGAGUCCUAACCACAGCCAUUCCAGAGUCCGAACGGCCGGCGCCCCCAUUCCGCCAUCAAUUCUCAAAGACGUCCAAUCCCGCUUCACCCAGAUAAAUGACCUCUUCCUCUCGGCUGUCCCAGAAACACAGGGUCUCAAUAACUACCGCUACCUGCGCAACCUCAGCGGCGGAAUCCAAGAAUUCAUCGAAGCCCUCUCCUUCAAACACUAUCUCGAGACUCAGACCCUCAUAACCCGCGAGCAAGUUACAUCACAUUUGCCUCCGGAUAUCCUAGUCACGGAAGAUGACUAUGUGAUGGGCCUUUUUGAUCUAACAGGCGAGCUCAUGCGAUUUGCCGUUACGUCGCUCUCCGCCGGAAAUCAUACUGAGAAUGAUGAAAAUGGCGACGGUUUGCCUAGACUGCCUCCUGCGCAGGCGGGUGUUGUGCGUGACCUGCGUGAGAUAAGGGCUGAGUUUGAGGGUGUUACGAUCCCGCGCCGCCAUGAUUAUCAGAUUAUGCGAGACUGGGGGAAGAAGACGGAGAUCAUGUGUAGUAGUGUGGAAAAGGUUGAGCGUGCGGCGUAUGGGAUUCUCGUGAGAGGGAGUGAGAGGCCGAAGGGGUGGAAGCCAGAUUUGUCGGGGCCGGUAGAAAUGGAUGUUUACUGA